GCGCACGGGGUGGGGCGCAGGGCUGGGAACGUCAAAGCCCUGCGUCCUCCCGCACUCGGAGCGGCGGAAAGGCGCGCGCGCGCGCGCGCGGCAGCGGCGGCGACGGCGGCGACGACAGCAGCCCCAGCUGAACCGGGACGGCAGCGGAAAGGUGACGUACAAAGCAACGUGAGUGAGGCGUGAGGACGACAACCGCACCCGGGAAGCCCCGCUGGGCUCGAUCCGCGGCGGACCGGACCCAGGUCCGGCUUCCGAGGCUCCGCCUCUCGUGUUUUGGGACUAAUCGGAUUGAGAGCGCGCCGGCCCGGGCCGCGAACUCGCCAAUUGCGGAGGGCAUCGGCCACUACCCAAUCCGGAGCAGACAGGUGCGAGGUCCGGAAGGCGGAGACCAAUCAGCAGCGGUUGCGGCCUGUUGGGGCCGGCCUCGGCCAAUGACAAGGCCCGAGUGACGUCUUCGCGCACCAAUCAGGAGUGAAGGAGCCUUCGUGCCCGCCCGCCCUUCCGGCCUGAGCUCUAUUUACCAGGGGCGUGCUGCCGGCUUGCCAAUCAGAGCGCAGCUGAGCGGCCAGGCAGCCAACCCGGGAGGAGCGGCCGGCCGGCGUCUGCCGCACCCAGGAGUUGGGGAUGUCCUACAAACCCAUCGCCCCCGCCCCCAGCAGCACCCCGGGCUCCAGCACCCCUGGGCCCGGCACCCCGGUCCCUACAGCUGGAAGUGUCCCAUCGCCGUCGGGCUCGGUGCCAGGAGCCGCUGCUCCUUUCAGACCUCUGUUUAACGACUUUGGACCGCCCUCCAUGGGCUAUGUGCAGGCAAUGAAACCACCUGGCGCCCAGGGCUCCCAGAGCACUUACACGGACCUGCUGUCGGUCAUAGAGGAGAUGGGCAAAGAGAUCCGACCCACCUAUGCUGGCAGCAAGAGUGCCAUGGAGCGCCUGAAGAGAGGCAUCAUCCAUGCACGGGCCCUAGUCAGAGAGUGCUUGGCAGAGACAGAGCGGAACGCCCGCACGUAACAGGACUCGACUCCUCCUCGGCGUCUGGACCUUUCCUGGCCACUGCAGAGCACCUGCUUCUCCCUGGCCUUCACCCCGAGUUGCACUUCCCAUCCUGGGCUUCCUGUCCUGUGUCCUUUGGUGGGUGCCCUCCAGGAACCAGUGGGCAGCUCUCACUCCAGUCGGCAGCAGUAACUGGAACCCCCAAAAGAGGGAGCAGUGAGGUCCCUGGGAGUCCCACCCAUGACCUGCCAACAGUGUUGAUCCAGCUGGGGCUUUCUCCUUUCUGUGGCCCCACCGCUCAGCACUUACCCAGGACUUACCGUUUUCCCAGACCCCUUCUCCCCCCAGCAGAGCCUCAGAAGGCCUGUCGCCUCCCUGCCUCGUCUCCUAGGCCAUAACUCUUUUCUCGGUGUGUCUUUUGCUAAAUAUGCCCUUUUUGUAUAAAUAAAAGAUAAUUUGGAGUUGUUCUCUCA